AUGACCAACAUGUACAAUAUGCCGUUCGCGCCCUUCAUCGGAAUAAACAGACAUGGCCAAUCUUUCAUGCUGGGUUGCGUGUUUGUGAGUCAGGAGUUGGCAUCGAGCUUUGAUUGGGUCUUCGAAGCAUUCCUAGAGGCUAUGGAUGGCAAACCUCCUGAUAACUUCAUCACCGAUCAGGAUGGUGCAAUGAGGCAGUCAAUACAGAGUAUCUUUCUGACCACCGUGCACUGUUGUUGUCGAUGGCACAUCAUGAAAAAGGCUCAGGAAAAAGUUGGUUGGCUGUUGUGCCAGAAUCCAGGGCUCUCUGAUGAUUUCAACUACUGUGUUGACUUCCGCUUCACUAUAGACGAGUUUGAGCAGAAUUGGGCUGGGUUAAUGAUGAAGUACGAGGCUAUGACACACACGCACUUUGAGAAGUUGUACGAAUACACAUCAACUUGGGUGCCGUGCUACUUCAAACACAGGUUCUUCCCCUUCCUACAGUCUACACAGCGUAGUGAGGGGUUCAACGCCGUCCUAAAAAGAUAUGUGAACCCACACAACUCAAUGCUGAACUUCGUCAAGCAAUAUGAAAAAAUUCAGAACCACAUCCUUGCCAAGGAAGGCUGCAAUGAUUACAGGACAGAACACCUUGAGAUUGAGCUAUGGUCCAACUUCCCAAUAGAGAGGCAAGCUUACAAAACCUACACUAGGGACCUUUACCGCAAGUUCAGAGAAGAGUGUGAGCUGAUUGGACGUUAUAAUGCGUUCCAAGUUGGUGUUGACCUUUUUGAGCUUAGACCAAACCAAGAAUUUGUUGCCAAAUAUGGUUCUCGAAACUACUUGGUGCAGGCAAGGGUGGCGGACGGUUCCUAUUUGUGUGAGUGCUGCAAAAUGGACAAGGACGGCAUGCUGUGUUGCCACAUCCUCAAGGUGUUCACCCAUCUUGGAGUUGAUGUCAUACCGGAAAGGUACAUGCUAAGACGGUGGACACCUACUGCUGUCCCUAGUGCGCCAGGGACCAGGUAUGAGCAACCGGAUGAAAUGCCCCCUCAAUCAAAGAAGCAGAUAAGGGAGAAAAACAUGAUCUUCGAUUUUCGGAAACUAGCCAAGUUUGCGAGUGGCUCUGAUGCAGCACAAGAAAUUGUAUACAAGCAUAUGCGCGGAGCACGUACCGAGAUUGGCCACCUGAACAAGUCCAAGAAAAAGAAAAAAAAAACAACUGCUGCUACGGGGCCAUCAGAUGAUGGCAACCCUUGA